AAAUAUUCUCUUUUCUUGUAUUUAAGAAUAAUUUCGAAGCUUUUCUAGCUGCUGCACUUGAUUGAUGGUCAGUUUACUUUUACCUGUUAAAUCGAUAAGAUCAUUAAAUAUUUUUUUAAGCGGUUAGUUUCUUUAAAUGUUAAAGAUGAAUUAAAAAAUUAUGUGGUUUAGUUUUAAAAGUUUAAAAUAGAAAAUAAUUACAAAAUUUUGAAUUUUAAAUUUAAAAAUUCAAUUUUAAAAAAAAUUAAGACUAGAAACUAUAAAAAUGCCUUCAAACGAUGCAAAAGUGAACGAAAAAAAAUAUAAAUAUGAAAUUUUGUGGUUUAUGGUUUCUAUGGGAACUCUAAUUUCCAUUGAAUCUAUUCUUGGGAUUUAUUAUAUAUCUGUUGGAAAAGUGUUAACAAAAACUUUAUUUUUUUCACUUGCAACCUUCUUAAUUGGAGGCAUUGGGGCUGGACCAGGAGCUCAUCGCUUCUUUAGCCAUCAUGCUUACAAGGCUACUCGACAGUUCAAAAUUUUCUUAAUUUUUGCACAGCAAAUAUCUGGAAUGAAAUCCGUAAUUUCUUGGUGUCAAAUACAUCGAGUACAUCAUAAAUUCUCAGACACAGAAGCUGAUCCAACAAACAUCAAACGUGGACUAUUCUUUUCAUUUUUUGGAUGGCUGUUUAUUGCUCCAACACCACAGUACAUCUAUGAAUCUAAUCGGAUAGAUUUGGAUGAUUUAUUCAGUGAUUCUGAUGUUGCUUUUCAGUACAAGCACUACUCAAAACUCUACAUCGCCAUCACCAUGCUUCUCCCAACAAUCAUCCCAACUCUCAUCUGGAAUGAGUCAAUUUACGUUGCAUUCAGUAUGAAUAUGUUGAAAAUGUCUUUAAACUUCCUCCAAUUAUUAGUUGGGAAUGGAUUUGUUCAUUGGGAUGGACCGAAGCCAUACGAUGCAACAUCCACAGCAACUGAUAAUGUCCUGUACAAUUUUAUCACGCUAGGCGAGGGGUUUCAUAAUUAUCAUCAUACGUUUCCAUUUGACUAUCGAAAUAACGAAUUUUCAUCCUUGUGGUACGUCAAUUCCCUCUCGACAUUCUUCAUAGAUCUAUGCGGAUUAUUUGGACUGGUUUAUGACAAGAAAAUUGCAACGCCUGAGAUGAUUAGACGUAGAGUGUUAAAAACUGGUGAUGGAAGUCAUUGGAUAGCAAAGAGAAAAGCAUUGAAAACUAACGAAAAUGAUUAUAGCGAUGAAAAUGUGGUGAGAAGUGUGAAUGGAUCGCUGAAAUUAGAAAGCAUAGCAGAAGUGAUGAAAGAUGUUAAAAUUUUGCAGGAAAAGCUAGUUUGCUCCUGAUUUAAUUUUUUUCGUAAUAAUGUGUGAACUAAAACUGAAUAAAAAUUCGGUUAGAAUGAAAUUUGACACAAGUUAUUGUUUUUCAGAAAUUUGGGGGAGCAGGGCUUAUUACCAGCAUUUAGGAUUUGAGAAUAUGCAGUCAAAUCUGCUUGUCAAUCUUCUGUGGGCGUGACGUGAUACAUCUCAAGUCAGUUUAGACAAUAUUCAAUUAAAAGGUAAUCUUCAAACUCACGUUUCUAUUGCUCUCUAUCUCGAAGUAUCUAAACUGAAAAGAACAAAUUUGCAAAUUGCUGGAUCCGAACCGACGACCUUUCAGUUAUCGUACCAAAUUUUCUUUGGGGCUUAAGGUUGUGUAGACAAAUCUGCCAUUGCUAGAGUAAGGGAUCUUGAGAAUCGAGUGGCUUGGCAACUCGUAUUCAAGAUCUAUUUGGAAGACCUAGGUUCGAUUCUCAUUCAAGUUGAGACAUUCAUUCUCCAGAAAGAAUGUUAUCGAUAUUAUUAGGAUACGAA